GUGUGAACAUGCGCAUUUUUAAACCCGUCAACUAUAAUAUUACAGAAAAUUUUAUAUAUUAUAUUAUUUAAUUUAAUUCUGGACCGUUUUUAAUGAAAUUAAAAUUAAUAUUCUUUUUUUAAAAUUUAUUCAACAGGGACUUUAGUUUUUUUAAGUUAGAUGUUAGAGACGUGCGUUCGGUGCGUUUGUCCUUGUUCAAUAACGCAGCGCGCUCUGUUCUCUCUUCUAGAAGUUCUUUCAUCAUUCAUCUGUCUAAAUUUUUUAUAACCGGAUUCUUGUUCAAUAUUACGCGGAUUGAAUAUUGCAGUUAAGUCUAAAAUUUGGAGUAUUAAAUUAUUUAGAAUUAGAUCAAAAUGUCAGUUCCCGAUAAAGACGAAUUAGUACAAAGGGCAAAACUCGCCGAACAAGCCGAACGCUAUGAUGACAUGGCCUCGGCGAUGAAAUCUGUCACAGAAACAGGGGUAGAACUCAGCAAUGAAGAAAGAAACCUCCUCUCUGUUGCUUACAAAAAUGUCGUAGGUGCCAGAAGGUCGUCUUGGAGAGUUAUUUCUUCUAUUGAACAAAAGACUGAGGGGUCUGAACGUAAACAACAAAUGGCCAAGGAAUACCGGGAAAAAGUGGAGAAAGAAUUAAGAGAGAUUUGUGAUGACGUCCUCGGACUCUUGGACAAAUACCUUAUACCAAAAGCAAGUAAUGCUGAAUCAAAAGUGUUCUACCUUAAGAUGAAAGGCGAUUAUUAUAGGUACCUUGCAGAAGUUGCCACAGGAGACACAAGGAACAAAGUGGUAGAAGAUUCUCAAAAGGCAUAUCAGGAAGCAUUUGACAUAGCAAAAUCGAAAAUGCAGUCAACUCAUCCUAUUAGGCUAGGUCUUGCCUUAAAUUUCUCUGUGUUUUAUUACGAAAUUAUAAAUUCCCCAGCCAGAGCGUGUCACUUAGCUAAACAGGCUUUUGAUGAUGCCAUCGCGGAACUGGACACAUUAAACGAAGAUUCAUAUAAGGACAGUACCCUUAUUAUGCAGCUACUCCGAGAUAACCUUACACUUUGGACGAGUGACACGCAGGGUGAAGCGGACGAGCCUCAGGAAUCUGGUGAUAAUUGAAGUGUGGCGCGUCCUGUCCUUUUUUAAAAUUAUUCGUUAAAAAUGAAAUUUCAUGUAAGUUAACGUAUUCGUGGAACUUGGUUGUGAAGUUUCAUUGACAGUUUUAAGUUUCACUUGAUGAAACUUUUGAUAUUUAAAAAUGUUUUUAGGAGAUAUGUAAAUCGUUAAAUUAUUCCACAUUAUCACACAACCAGCAUAAUUUUUUGUUCGCAACAAGUAAUUUAAGCCAUAUACAAAAAACAGACGUAUGCAAUUGUAUAGCAGAGACAGAAGUUGGAAAGGCUUUUCGCAGUUCUCCCACUUUACACAGGAUUUGACAGUUUUGCCGCGGAACUAACGAAGUGAACGCGAAACAUUGGCGUAGAAAAUUAUUUUAUAGGUGCUAAUAACAAUUUCGCGUAAAUAGUUUAUGAUUUUAGAUAUUAUUACUUGUUUAAAUAAUUAUUUCUAGCCGAUAAAUAGAUUGCCAGAUUCUGCCGGUAAUUUAAAAUGUUCGUUAUUAUUUUUAUUCUACGUUACGAAUAAACAUUACCGCGAUAUUUUCGAAGUCGUCCGAAAGGGUUUGACCUGCCAAAAACCUUUCCAACUUCUGUCCCUGCUCUAUAUUUUAUUUAUUUUUAACAUAUAUGAUUACAUAUUAGAUUGCUGAAUGUUGUGUGAUUAAAUGUCAAUUCUUCUGCAACAAGUUUGUUUUUUAUAUUAAAAAAAAGGUUUUUAUUUUUUUUAUAUAUUAUAUCUCCUUCCAGAUUGUGAAAAUUUAUUUGAAAUUUCAGCACUUUUUAAGUUCUAACUUGUUAACUAUUAAAAUUAUUAUUUAAUAACAUUGUUUUAGUUUAUCUUUUUUUAUUUUGUAUUUUUCCAUUGUUGAACUUCUCCAGAAAAAUUACCUCUUACCUCUUUACUUUCAAAGUCAUUUUUGAACAUUUAGUCUACCAAAUUCAUUUUUGCACACCACUGCAUGGGCCAAAAACCUGCCCCUUCUUCCCCAAAAAUCCCUAUGUUUACCGUAAAAACACUCACUUUGGAUGUGCUAUAUAUAAAUGUAUGAAUAUGUAUUAAAAAUAAACUGCUAUCAAAAGCUCUAUUUGUUUUCUGUUGUAUCUGUCAAGUAUAAUUGUCAGAUAUCAAUAAAUUUUUCGAAAUCCUCUAUAGUUUUAAUCUCUACCUUUUAUCACUG